AUGGCUCCUCCCAAACGCAACUCAGGUGGUUUGAACCUUUUCCUCGCCCGCAAGGGCAGUGAGCAUGGUGUUCCCGUCGAGGUUAUGCUUGAGAUUCUACGCCAUCUCCGACCUGUAGAUCUCCUUCACAUAUCACGCGCCAACAAGGCUUUCAACGGGAUCCUUCUGUCUCGCGAGCUCAGUGGUCUCGUCUGGGCUGAGGCUUUCAAAAGGUUUGCUGACGAAGAAGGGGGGCCGCCGUGUCCGACGGAUAUGAUUGCGCCAGCUUGGGCUGGUUUCGCUUUUGGUGGCGCUUGGUGCACGAAGUGUGGGGGGAAGAUAAGAGGGCAGGUGGAGACGCUUUGGGAGUUGCGGGCUAGGCUAUGCAUAGAUUGUGGAAUGGAGCAUCUCAAGGAGAUCCCCACACUAUUUGGUGGUGGCUCAACGCGACGUGAGCGUGGACCCCCUGUUGUCUGUGACUUUGUACGCAAGCGCAACACGAAGACCAAAGCACCCAAAUACGGCAGAGACGCUGUCUCCCUCCAUUGCUGGAAGGACGAAGUCGACACUUUUCCGAAGGGUCAGACUGCAGAUGACGUUGAGACACGGCGGAACAUGGAGGCCGCACUGAGAGAGCGACGAGAACAGGACCCCCGAAAGCCCAGCCAGAGGUCCGAUAUGCGCGGCGGCUCG